AUGGAUAUUAAUACAGUUUAUCAAUUAUUUGGUGCAACUUUUCAUUCAGAUCGAAGUAUUCAAAAACAAGCCGAAUUACAACUUAAACAGUUAGAAUUUCAACCUGGAUUUGUUUCAGUACUUCUUCAAAUUUUGAAUUCAAAAGAUUUAGAAAAUGGAACAAAACAAGCAGUCUCGAUAUAUCUAAAGAACAUGGUUAGACAUUCAUGGCAUAACAAUGUCAGUCAUGAUGAUACAUUUUUUUCAAUUGCUGCACAAGAUAAGGAAACAUUUAAGUUGAAUAUUUUAAAUAUUUUGGCAAUAUCACCAAACCUUGUCAGAAUACAACUUAUUGAUUGUUUGAAAAAAGUUUUGAUAGCUGAGUAUCCUUUAAAAUGGCCAAGUUAUAUGAAUCAAGUCCGCGAACUUUUGGUGAUUAAUAAUCCAGAAGUUGUUUACGUUGGAUUAGUAGCAUUACAACAAGUUGUUAAUGUAUAUCAAUGGAAAUCAGGAGAAGACAGAGAACCUUUAAAUGAAAUUAUCAAAAAUACAUUUGGAAUUAUUAUACAUAUUGCUCAAGGCUUAAUAAAUGAAACAAAUCUUGUUGCAGCUGAAAUGUUAAGAAUUAUAAUUAAAACUUAUAAUUCAUCGGUGUAUUUUGAUUUUCCAGAUAUUCUAAGAGAAAAUGAGAACUUUUUACCGUGGUUUAAUCUUUUAAUAAAUUUAACAAUUAAAGAUAUUCCAAAUGAUAUCAUCCCGGUGGAUUUAGAGGAAAGACAAAAAUUUAUUUGGUAUAGGGUUAAAAGAUGGUGUUUUCAAACCUUGAAUAGAAUAUUCAGUAAAUUUGGAAAUCCAAUUCAAAUUCCAUCAUCUUCCUCGUCAAAAUAUUUAAAAUUUUCCGAGAAUUUUAUUAAAAAUUAUGCUCCAGAAGUUUUGCAAAAAUAUUUGGAAAUAACUGAGAGAUGGAUUAAAAAAGAAAUUUGGUUAAAUAAUAAAAUAUUAUAUUUCAUAUCAGAUUUCUAUAAGGACGCCCUGACUAAUAAAAUAACUUGGCAUAUAAUGAAACCAUAUUGUUUAACGUUGGCUACUCAAUUUAUUUUUCCUCAACUAUGUUUUUCUGAUGAAGAUGAACAAUUAUGGACAGAUGAUCCAGUUGAAUACAUUUUCAAAAGGGUUGAUCCAUUGGAUGAUUUCAACUCACCAAUGACAUCUGUUACUAAUUUUUUAAUUGAUUUAGUAAAAUAUAGGAAAAAAUUUAUAUUUUCAAGUGUGCUAGAAUUUGCCAACAACGUAUUAAUUAAUGGUAAUGAACGACCAAGAGAAAAGGAUGGAGCUUUAAAAAUGGUCGGAACAAAUUUGUCAACUGCUUUUGGAGGUGUUAUUAAUUGUAUAAAAGAUCCAGAAUUGCCUGUUAAAGUACAAGCAUGUUUGGCAUUACAAAUACUUAUUAAACACAAAUCAGUUAGAAAUGCUAUAAUUCCAAAUAUUGCAGUGAUUAUGCAAGAAAUACUUGAUAUUACAAAUCAAAUUGAUUCAGAUAUUUUGGGUAGUGUUAUGGAGGAUUUGGUUGAGGAAUAUUCAAAUGAAUUGGCCCCAUUUGCAGUUCAAUUAUGCCAACAAUUGUGCAAUACUUUUCUUCGUAUCAUGCAAGAGUAUCAAGAAUCAGAGGCUGCAGAAAUAGAUAAUAAUUGUGAUGUUGAUGAUUUUGUUGAUAGUUAUGAUAUAAGUGACAAGACAAUUAUAGCGUCAGGUGUCUUAAAAACGGUCAUAACUUUAAUUUUAAGUUUGGAAUCAUCAACUGAUUUAUUACAUCAAUUAGAAAAUGUUUUGUUGCCAAUUAUUUCAUUCACUUUGGAAAAUAAUAUAAUAGAUUUAUAUAGUGAUAUUUUUGAUAUAAUUGAUAGUUGCACAUUUUCUACAAAAACAAUUUCAAAUACGAUGUGGAAUUUAUUUAACUUGAUUUAUAAGACAUUCAAACUUGAUGGAAUUGAUUAUAUUGAAGAAAUGCUUCCAUCAUUAGAUAAUUAUGUGUUAUACGGUAGAGAUGUUUUCAUACAAAAUAAAGAUUUACAAAUGAUAUUUUAUGAUAUGAUUGAAACUAUAUUUAACACUGAUACGAUGGCUGAGAGUGAUAAGAUUUGUGGUUGUAAAUUAGCAGAAGUAUUCAUAUUAAAUUGUAAAGGUCAUAUAGAUCAGAUUGUAAAUUGUAUUUAUUAUAAUCCUUUGAUUAUUUUAGAUUUACUUGAAAAAAAAAAUUUUACUCAACCAUUUUUUAAUUUAUGGUUUGAAAAUAUAAAUCAAUUUAAAAGGGUGCAUGAUAAAAAAUUAGUUAUAUUGACUUUAUGUGACUUAUUAGAAAUACCAUUAAAUAAAUUACCUUUGGCAUUACAAAGCAAUUGUUCAAAUUUAUUUGAUGGAAUAUUAAAUAUUUUUAAAUCAUUACCUAAAGCAGAAGAAUAUGUGAAAUAUUUAGAACUUUUAGCUAAAGAGCAUUCAAAUUCAGAGGCUGAAGAUGGGUAUGAUUAUGAUGAAAGAUUUGACGAGGAAGUACUGUUGGAAUCGCCAUUGGAUAAAAUUGAUGUUUAUGUAAAAUUUCGUCAAACAUUCAUUGAGGAAGAGCGUAAACAAAAUGUUGUACGUUUCUUUAGGGCCAUGGAAAUUUUUAAUCAUAAUCAAAUAAAUGAUUCUCAACGUUUAGCAGUCAAGAAAUGGGAAAUUGAGGCUUUUGAUAAAGCUUCUUCUAAAGAAGAAUACGACCAAGUAAUUGCUGAGAAAUUGAAAGUUUUCACAAAAAAUAUUCAGCAAUUACAACAAUUACGACAACAAAAUUCUACAUCCCAGCAAAAUAUACUCGCUGUCCAAUAUUUACAACAACAACAAAAAAUUUUAGCUGCUGCUCAACUCCAAUCACAACCGACUCUUGAACAACAAACUGUUCAACUUCAACAAGCAUUUAAACAACAACAAGCAUUUAACCAAUUCUUACAACAAACUCAGCAAGUGCCAUUAGGAUCUUCUAAUCAAGCUCGUCGUCCACAAAUUAAUCAACAACAAUUACUUCAAUAUCAGCAAUUUGUAAAAAUUCAACAACAACGACAACAAAAUUCUCUAUUGCAACAGGCUUCUAUACCAAGAUCACAAAUUACUGCUGCUGAACAAUUACCUAUUCGUCCUCCUCCUCAACUAGGACAUUCUUCACCACAACCAAAUGUUCAUCCUCAACUAGAAUAUGUUAAAAUAGAAGCAUUAAUUAAACAGAAAGAAGAUAUUCAAGAAAUGGUAAAUAAUGCUGCUGCUGGUUCUUCUGGUCAAAAAAAUAAUGCUGCUACAAAUACUGGAAAUGGUAAUAAUGGUGUCGGUAUAGACUUAAAAGAAAUACUCAAAAGAUUAAAAGUACCUGAUAAUACUGAGUGA